CCGGGACUCCGAUCCCCACUCGUUAUAUCAUUGAAGCUCUGCGUAGACCGCGCUUCGUCCGGCACCUUUGAACGACGACGUUGCAUCUGUCCCCUUCCGCAGAGAGAUGGCGUCGUGCACAGCAUCACCUUACGAGAUUCUCGGCCUCUCGAGCGGGGCCUCGAGCCAGGAGAUCAAGGCGGCGUACAGGCGGCUGGCGCGGGUGCUCCACCCCGACGUGGUGGCCGCGGGCCGGAAGGAGUGGUCUGCCAGCGAGUUCAUCAAGCUACACGCGGCAUACUCCACCCUUUCGGACCCCGAGAAGCGCGCUGCAGACGAACGCCCAAGGGCCGCGGCAAGGACGACUAGGAGGGGCCGGCCGCUGACGGUGGUCAUGCCCGGGGCCUCCGCCUACAAGUUCGGACGGAACUGGGAGACGGACCAGUGCUGGUAGACCGAGUUGAGUUGACUCAGACUAUCGCAGGAAUUCCGAAACGUCGACGUUCUGUAAAUAGAGGGAGGAAGGAACGGAUGCGACGGAGAAGCUCUUUUUUUUCUCCGUUUUUCUGUUCUUCUCUUUCGGGCCUAUUUCUCGGUGGAGAUGAAUUGAGGGGAGACCACGUCGUUCUUACUGGUAAAAAUAUAUGACGGUCACCUCAAAUUCUGUAAACUAUCUAUGGCGAACUGAUAUGUAAUUAGUAGUAUGCAUCUCCGGAAGAUGAUCUCCGAUUGACACAAAAGCCUCCGCUUUCUCGGAAUUCCUCGA